AUGGAGGACGACAGGUACAGAGACGGUCGGUCUGACUUCCUGCGUGGAGCUAAGGACAUCGCUAAAGUGGCGAAGAAGCAGGUGGGGAAGAAGGUGGGGCGCGGCGUGGACCGUGUGGCAGACGAGUACAGCCGCCGCUCUUACAAACGCUUUGAGGAAGAGGACGAUGACGAAGACUAUGGUGAGAGAGGAGACGCAGGCUACUACCGUAAUGACAGCGGCGCUGACGAGGAGGCGCACAGCGACUCCACUGAGGGCCACGAUGAAGAGGAGGAGAUCUACGAGGGGGAGUACCAGGGCAUCCCCCGAGCCCCGGGUAAAGGUCCUGCUCCGGAGCCUGAGACCUACAGGGACCUGGCUGUAGCAGAAGGAGAGAGGAGGAAGGACCAGGAGGAGCUGGCGGAACAAUACGAGACCAUCCUGCAGGAGUGUGGCCACGGCCGCUUCCAGUGGAGUCUGUACUUCUGUCUGGGCCUCGCUCUAAUGGCGGACGGCGUCGAGAUCUUCGUGGUCGGAUUCGUUCUUCCAUUCGCAGAGAAAGAUAUGUGUCUGUCUGAGCCCAACAAGGGCAUGCUGGGCCUGAUUGUGUACCUGGGGAUGAUGGUGGGGGCCUUCCUGUGGGGGGGGCUGGCGGACAGGAUCGGCCGCCGUCAGACGCUGCUCAUCUCUCUCUCCAUCAACAGCGUUUUCGCUUUUUUCUCAUCGUUCGUUCAAGGAUACAGCUCCUUCCUGUUGUGUCGCCUUCUGUCAGGAGUGGGGAUUGGAGGGUCCAUCCCCAUCGUCUUCUCGUACUACUCUGAGUUCUUGGCGCAGGAAAAACGAGGAGAACAUCUGAGCUGGCUCUGCAUGUUCUGGAUGAUCGGAGGAAUCUACGCCUCAGCCAUGGCCUGGGCCAUCAUCCCUCAUUAUGGCUGGAGCUUCCAGAUGGGGUCUGCGUACCAGUUCCACAGCUGGAGGGUGUUUGUUCUGGUCUGUGCUUUUCCAGCUGUCGCUGCCAUCUCUGCCCUGACCACCAUGCCAGAGAGCCCCCGCUUCUACCUGGAGAAUGGGAAACAUGACGAGGCCUGGAUGAUCCUGAAGCAGGUCCACGACACCAACAUGAGAGCGAAAGGUUAUCCAGAGCGAGUCUUCUCUGUGACCACCAUAAAGACCGUGAAGCCGAGGGACGAGUUUGUGAACAUCGGGGACGGAGCUCCAUGGUACGACAAGUGGAGGCUCAAACUCACAGCCCUCUUCCAUCAGGUGUGGGAGAACUUCCUGGCCGUGUUCUCGCCGCAGUAUCGUCGCACCACAUACAUGAUGAUGGCCGUCUGGUUCUCCAUGUCCUUCAGUUACUACGGCCUGACCGUGUGGUUUCCUGAUAUGAUCAAGUACCUUCAGAAACAGGACUACGCGUCUCGCACCAAAGUCUUCACCAAAGAAAAGGUGGAGCACAUGACCUUCAACUUCACUCUGGAGAAUCAGAUCCACCGCCAGGGAGCCUACUUCAACGACAAGUUUGUGAACCUAAAGAUGAAGUCGAUGGUCUUUGAAGAUUCUCUCUUUGAAGAAUGUUACUUUGAAGACGUGACGUCGAGCAACAGCUUCUUCAAGAACUGCACCUUCAUCGCUACAUUGUUCUACAACACGGACCUGUUUAAGUACCGGCUCGUGGGCAGUCGUCUCAUCAACAGUACUUUCAUGCACAACAAAGAGGGUUGUCUUCUGAGCGACGUGGGCGACGAUAACAACGCCUACAUGGUUUACUUCGUCAGCUUUUUGGGGACUUUGGCUGUUCUUCCCGGAAACAUCGUGUCUGCGCUGCUCAUGGACAAGGUCGGCCGUCUGCGUAUGCUAGCGGGCUCCAGUGUGAUCUCCUGCUUCAGCUGCUUCCUUCUGUCCUUUGGGAACAGUGAGUCGGCCAUGAUCGCUCUGCUCUGUCUGUUUGGAGGCAUCAGCAUCGCCUCCUGGAACGCUCUGGACGUCCUGACGGUGGAGCUGUACCCCUCAGACAAGAGAACCACUGCGUUCGGUUUCCUGAAUGCUCUGUGUAAACUGGCUGCGGUCCUUGGGAUCAGUAUCUUCACAUCGUUCGUGGGCAUCACUAAAGCGGUGCCUAUAAUGUUUGCCUCUGGGGCAUUGGCUGUAGGCAGCUUCCUGGCCCUCAAGCUCCCAGAGACCAGGGGCCAGGUUCUCAAGUAA